AUGGGGGAAUCUUCUGCUCCAAUUGAUAUGAAGUUGCUCAAACGUCUAGAUCGUUUCGAUGAAUUUAUAAGGAAGAGCCAAGGGUUGAAUAAGCAGGGGACACAUCUCCGACUAUUUGCCAACAAAUUGGGAAAGCCCGUGGACGAUGAGAAUUUGCCUUUAAGGUUGUUCCCCGAGAGUUUGGAAGGGGAUGCGCUUGACUGGUAUUCCAACCUGAAACUUGAAGACGUGAAAACCUGGAUUGAUUUAUCUAAUGCAUUUGUGAGACAGUACGAGUACAACUGCGAGUUGGCUCCGACCCGAACUACGUUAGAAGGAACGAAAAGGAAGCCUUCCGAGGACCAUAAGACCUAUGCCAAGAGAUGGCGAAAAGUAGCUGCAAAGGUCGAGCCACCAAUGACCGAGGAUGAAAUCAUACGUACUUUCAUAAAAGCUCAUGAUCCGCCGUACUUCGAAGAGAUUUUCCGUAUGACCGGAUGUUCGUUUGCUGCAAUUGUAAACAAACUUGAGGAGUUUGAUGAGAGCUGGGAAGAUUGUCAAUGUCUCUACCCUCAAAUCUCAGUUGGAUGCUUUACAAGGGCAAGGAAGCAAUGCGAAAAAGCCGCCGUUCAAAAAGAAGGAGGGGGACGCAACCUUUAUGUGGAACCAAAACCCUUCGCCUAG